CAUAUUUUGGAGUAUUUUCUACUCUAGAAAACCUACCCAUUGAACAAUAGAGAAUCCUCUUUUCAUUAACCAAUGAAAUUGCAUUAUUUUUCAGCUAAAGAUUUAUGCUACACCAAAUAUCUCUAAGAUGUGGCUCUACUUGUUCCUCGUGGCCUAAAUAAGUCCAAAUACAACGACGUGACUUUCCAGAUUCACAUAGUCGGUGAAUGAUUAAACAAAAAUAGAAAGUCACAACCUCACAAAAGAAAAAACAUAGAAGAGAAAAUUGUGUAAACAACAAAAAAAUGGGAAUAGUGGAAGAAGCUCACAACGUGAAAGUUCUAGGAACGGGAAAUAGGUACAUAGUUCUAGCUCAUGGAUUUGGAACAGACCAAUCUGUGUGGAAACACUUUGUACCUUAUCUUGUUGAUGAUUUUCGUGUUGUUCUAUAUGAUAACAUGGGUGCUGGUACCACUAACCCUGAAUACUUUGAUUCUGAAAGACAUUCAAGCUUAGAAGGUUAUGCUUAUGAUUUACUUGCUAUUUUGGAAGAGCUUCAAAUUGACUCUUGCAUAUUUGUUGGUCAUUCUGUUUCUGCAAUGAUUGGUGCUAUUGCUUCUAUUACACGACCUGAUCUUUUCCUUAAACUCAUCAUGGUUUCUAGUUCACCAAGGUAUUUGAACGAUGUGAAUUACUUUGGAGGAUUUGAGCAAGAAGAUUUGAAUCAAUUAUUCAACGCUAUGGCUGAAAAUUAUAAAGCAUGGUGUUAUGGAUUUGCUCCACUGGCCGUGGGUGGGGACAUGGAUUCAGUGGCAGUACAGGAGUUUAGUCGAACAUUGUUCAACAUGAGGCCAGACAUAGCUCUAAUAGUGUCACGGACAAUUUUUCAAAGUGACAUGAGACAGAUUUUGAACCUUGUUACUGUGCCUUGUCAUAUUAUACAAGCUGAGAAAGAUAUGGCGGUUCCGGUGAUGGUUUCGGAGUAUCUUCACCAACACUUGGGUGGUCAGUCCAUUGUUGAGGUCAUGACGACAGAUGGUCAUUUGCCGCAGUUAAGCUCACCGGAUAUUGUUAUUCCGGUCUUGCUUAGACACAUUCAACUUAAUAUUGAGCCCACGAGCUGCCAGAGAAACUACCACACUUUCCAAAAUCAAGAGGCUUCAUCAACAAAAACAACAAAUACAGAGGCUUCCUCCUUGAUGAAAAUGGAGGCAGAUUUGUAAAUUGAAUAGCCAUUCUCGGCUGAUUGAUGUUGGUGUUACUAGCUAGUUAGGGACAACAAUCAUCCGAUGAAGGAACUGGCAUUAAGAAGAAUAACAUAAGUUAGGGGUCCUGGAAUAAGAAGGGUAAUCUCAUCAAAUAAAUAAGAUGCAUUAUCUCCCCAUUUUCUAGUGUAAAGAAGGAAAAAGUUACAUAUAAUAUUUUUCUUCUUUCCAAUCUAAAAAAAUAAAAUCUCAUUCUCUUCUAAUUUUCCAUCUAUUUUCUCACGUAUCUUUUUCUUGUCUAGCAAACUAGGUUUUGGUGCAACAUGUGAAUCAUAUAUUUAAACAUUAUUGGUGGGUAAUUAAGGAUCCUUUUAUCCAGUGGGUGAUGUUAUAAUUAGUUUUUGCGAUCAACUUUUAGGAUUAAGUUAACCAUGGAUGGGUCUCGUUUUAUUAAACUUCAAAAGGUUUGUAUGCAUGUUUUAAUGCUUAUGUUAUGUUUUGGUAAA